UCAUGGAUUCUUACAUGAACUUGUGUCAAAGCAAAAACCGAUUUCUCCUCUCCUAUUAUUUAUAUUUCUUCCACUUCCAUUUCCCUCUAAAUAUUUUCUACAACUCAAUAAAUUCUUCUACUAUCCUUCAAUCAUAGCUACAGAUACAAUUUCAUUAAUACUUAUAAAUAUAAUUAAAAAUGGACCGACGACUUCAAGAAACAAUACUAAAAGGCGACAUACCAACAUUCCUAGCCCUAAUUCAAGAAAAUGAAAACAUAAUUAACCAAGAAAUGCCUUCAGGCUCAAGAAACACCAUUCUACACAUGGCAGCACGGUUCGGACAUCUCGAGCUAGCGGAGGAGAUCGUGAAGCUGAGGCCGGAGAUGGUAUCGGAGGUGAACAAGAAGAUGGAGAGUCCAUUGCAUGAGGCGUGCCGACAAGGGAAGGUGGAGAUGGUGAAACUAUUGGUGGAAACAGAUCCAUGGGUGCUUUAUAAGCUUAAUCGAGAAAAUGAGAGUGUUUUAUUUGUUGCUUGCGAAAGGGGUAAGCUUGAGGUUGUAAACUACUUACUGGAAUUUCAAGGGCUACUUAUGCCGGAGGUUGAUGCUGUCACUACCUCUCUUUAUGCUGCUGCUUUAGGAGGAUUUACAGAAAUAGUGAAGGAAAUCCUGAAGAUUCGGCAAGACUUUGCUUGGAAAAAGGACAAUAAUGGGUGCACUCCUUUACACUUAGCAUGUAGCAAAGGCCAUCUGGAGACGACAAGGGAGCUGCUCCGAUUGGACGUGGAUCUGUCUUCUUUACAAGACAACAACGGCAGAACGCCGCUCCAUUGGGCGGCGAUCAAAGGACGAGUGAACAUAAUCGACGAGAUUCUGUGUGUGAGUCUUGAAUCUGCUGAGAUGAUUACCAAAGAUGGAGAGACUGUUCUUCAUCUUGCUGUCAAAAAUAAUCAGUUCGAUGCAGUUAAGUACCUAAUGGAAAAUCUCAACGUUACUACACUUAUUAAUAAGCCUGAUCAUGACGGAAAUACAGCCAUGCAUUUGGCCACUGCCGGAAAACUUAGCACAAUGGUGAUCUAUCUACUGAAGCAUAAUGCUGAUGUGAACGCUAUAAAUCGCAAGGGACAAACAGCUCUUGAUGUAGUAGAAUCAGACGUAAGCAAUUCAGGUGCACUCUUAAUUUUACCAGCAAUCCAGGAUGCCGGCGGCAAAAGAAGUGACCAAGUUCCACCAACUUUCACCGAUAUUCUACAAGAAAAAAACCCUAACUUCCCUCCAAACAAAAUGCUAGAUCCUCCAAACCAUCAUCAUCGCCACAAGCACCGUCGCCGCCGCGAAAAGCAGCUAGAAAUCCAAACUGAAGGCUUACGAAAUGCAAGAAAUACAAUCACAAUUGUGGCAGUUUUAAUCGCCACCGUCACGUUCGCCGCCGGCAUAAACCCUCCCGGUGGAAUUAACCAAAAUAACGGCAAAGCAAUAUUGGGGAUGAAAACUUCUUUUAAGGUAUUUGUUGUGUGUAACGUGGUGGCAUUGUUUAUGUCAAUUGGUAUAGUUAUUUUCCUAGUCAGCAUUAUCCCUUUUAGGCGAAAGUCGAUGAUGAAAUUGUUGGCGUUGACUCAUAAGGUUAUGUGGGUGUCCAUGUCAUUCAUGGCGGCGGCGUACGUGGCGGGGAUGUGGACAAUUUUGCCACAUGGGAAUGGAUGGGGUGGAAUUUGGGUGUUGGUGGCAAUCAUGGGUAUAGGAGGUGGGUGCACAGCUGGAAUUUGUAUGGGAUUAGGGUAUUUGUUGGCUCAGCAUUGGAUUAGAAAAUGGAAAUGGAGGAAAAAUCAGAAAAAGGGAAGGGAUGGGACUCCUAAUAGUAGCAUUAGUAGAGUUGAAGAAUUGAAGAGUAUGAAGAAAUGUGAUUCUAGUAGUAAUUCAGAUGUUGAUAGUUCUGAUCAAGGAGGUUACCACAUGUAUUAGUAUUAAGUUUAAUUACUUCCAUUCUUUUAAGGCUAAACCCAUCUGUGGGCCCCUGUACUACUCACUUUUUAUUCAUCUGGUCCCUGUACUAUAUUUUCACUCGUCGGAAUCCCUGUACUUACCUUUUUUUGUUUAAAAGGUCCUUAUUUAACAGAACCAUCCGCGCGUCCGCUCACACUCCGUCUAUUUAACGGAGUUGUACUUUAAUGAUUCCACGUUGGAAAAAAACGAUGACAUGUAAGCGAAUGAUCUGGCUAAAACCACUUGACUUGAUAUUGUUGGGUCAUGGGUCAUGGGUUGGGACAUAAACUAGUGGGUGGGUAUAUUUUUAGGGUUUCAGUUGUAUAAAAUUGUACAUCGUUUUUUUUGUGGAUAAUUAAACACUUAGAACAUAAAUUGAAAAGAAAAAAGUGAUGUCUCAAAGUAGAGGAAUCGAUACUUUCAACAAUCAAGAGGACUAUGUAGAUCCUUUCCCUGUUUUUGACGUGCCGAACUGCAAGUGCGGAGUUGAAGCGAAAGUGAUGGUUGCCUGGACUGAAAAAAAUCCUGGUCGAAGGUUCUUCCGUUGCGCCAAUUGGAAGUCGAGACAAUGCACAUUCUUCAGUUGGUAUGAUGAAGAAUAUGCUCCCCACAUUAAGCAUAUGCUAACAACAAUGAGAAGGGAGAAAGAGGCGCUGCUGAGAGAAGAGGAGAAGCUUAAAGGUGAAUUGUUCUACCAAAAAUAUCUGAAUAAUAGAUCCACCGUUCUUGACUCAAUUGCUAUGGAGACUGAGAUUGAACAACUAACGGGAAAUACUGCCAGAAUGAUUGAAUUGGAGAAAGAGAACAAGGAAUUGAAGUAUGAGAAGGGCUUAUUCAAAAAGUCUCUCAUUGCAGUUGUUGUUCUAUGCUUGUGCAUUGUCCUUGCUAUGACUAUUUAGUGUAGUUUGUUUUAGGCAAAUGUUGUGUUAUGCUUUAGUUAGUUUGUUUUAGGUAUGAAGUGAAUGUGUUGUAAUGACAACCAACUGAUCCUAGUUACAGUUGAUUGGUUUAGUUAAGAGCCUUAUGUUGUCUUGUAUUUUGGAAAAUAUUAUCAUGAAUAAUAUAUGGAUUUUGAAUGUA